AUGUCGGGCUGGAAACACGCAUUUAGUCUGCCGGCCAACGCCGUCAAGAAAGCCAUUCCGCCUGGAACAGUUAUACUAAUUGAGCAUGAUUCCGAAAAAUUAGCCGGAAAGCAGGGUGACAGCGUCGUGAAGGUCCCAACUCCCACGGCUGACCCUGCGGACCCCUUGAACUGGUCGCGCUGGAGGAAGGUUACGUGUAUGCUUUCGGUGGCAUACUACGUCUUCGUUGCCAACUACAUCUCCUCCUCACUCGCGCCAGCUCUGCCCCUCUGGAACCACGUGUUCCCCCACGAUCAGAGGCCGAUGCAGGAUCUGAUCCAGCUCGUCUCAUUCAACGUCCUAGCCGUCGGGCUCGGCAACAUCUUCUGGGUGCCCUUGUCCAACAUCUACGGGCGUCGCCUCGUCUUGAACCUGUCGGUCACGGUUCUCGGGAGCUCUUGCGGUAUCGGCAUGAUGUUCACCGGGUACAAGACGACCAUGAUCAUGAGGUUGCUCCAGGGACUGGGGAGUUCUGCCUCCGAGACCGUCUCCGCAGCCGUGGUCGGCGACCUCUUCUUUGUCCACGAGAGAGGAGGCUGGAUGGCAUUCUACAGCGCAUCCCUCGCCAGCGGCUCCGUCAUCGGCGGCAUCACCGGCGGAUACGUUGCAGCCAAGUUCGGAUGGGUGAAACAAUUCUGGCUCGCCAGCGGCCUAGCCGCAAUAUCCUGCCUCACCCUCGCCCUCCUAGUCCCCGAGACCAUGUACGACCGCAACACCGAGCCCCUUCUCCCCACCCACCUCCACCGCCACCGCGAACCACCCCUUCAACGCCUCCGCCCGCGCACAAGAACAAAAAGACCACCCCUCCGCCCCACCCGCGCCCGCGUCCCCCACUUCGACCUAACCAACACCAUCUACGCCCCCAUCCACACCAACCCCCAACAACUCCACACCAUCGUCCCCCUGCCCCCACCGCGCUACGCACCCUACACCUUCCGCCGCUCCCUCAGAUUCAGCCCCUACCGCGGCCACGUCGCCCACCACUUCCUCAAGCCCUGGACGACCCUGCGCCUGCCCGCCACCUGGAUCGUCAUGUUCCAGUACGGCGGCCUGGUCGGCUGCGCGGCGGUGAUCUCCACCGUGGGGCCCCAACUCCUCGCGGCGCCGCCGUACCGCUGGGGCGAGCACGCCGGGUUGUUGUUUGUGGGCGCGCUGGUGGGGAUCGUGUUGGGGGGCAUGUAUACCGCGCUGGUGGCGGACCGGCAGUUGAAGGCGGGGGCGAGAAGGAAUGCCGAUACGGGGUAUGCGGAGCCGGAGGCUAGGGUGUGGAUUAUGCUGCCGGCGCUGGUGGUGGGGACGUGCGGGCUGGCGGUGUUUGGGGGGUGUGCCCACGCGCCGGCGACUGUUUCGUCAUAA